UCAACUGUGGAGCGUCGGGCAUGUACACUGAUGAGAAUUCCAUUCCUUGGACUGGGGAUGCCGACUUCAUGCAGAUUGGAUUCCCCAAAGUUGUGCCUUCGAUCAAUGUUAAUGAUAAUCUGCCACUCCCUAUGAGGACGCUGAGGGUAUUCCCGAAUUCGGACAAUUACCUUAUUUGGAAAAAGUACUGUUAUUCGAUAGAUAUAGGCACUGCAGGCUCAGACUUGGUGCGGAUUCUAGUUCGAGCGAGCUUCUAUUACGGAAAUUAUGAUGGACUAUCGAACCCCCCCUCUUUCGAACUUAUGUUUGAUGGCAACUACUGGACCAAAGUGCAGACAACCUUAGAUAAUAAGCCCCUCUCUUACGAGACAAUAUACGUGGUCAAGGCCAAGGCCACAAACAUAUGCAUUGCUCAAAGAGAACCGGGGAUGAAUCCUUUCAUAUCCACGCUCGAAGUGUGCAGGUUGCGUUACACGAUGUACAAUGCCGUCCCUGCAAAUUAUGCGUUGUUUGCCAUGGCAAGGGGUGCUUUUGGAAGUAAUAAGACCAUCAGGUAUCCAGACGAUACUUAUGACCGGAUAUGGUUCGAGGUGCCCAGCGCCAAUGCAGUCACGAGCGAUGCCCCAUCGAUCACAACGGGAACUACUUACAAUGAACCUCCCAUGGCCAUCAUGCAAAAAGCGAUCACUGGAAGCAAUUUAAGCUUCUGGGUACCCGACCCCUCUGCAUUCAAUGUGUACAUGUACUUGUACUUCUCCGAAGUAACUUCCCUAUCAGCAGGUGAGACACGAUCAUUCCUGCUUUACAGGGACAAGAUCCUUAUGAGCGCACACCGCAUCAGCCCUCCGUAUGAGUCUGUGCUUGAACUGUCCUACACUAACUUAUAUCUUUCCAACGACACCAAAUUCUAUUUGGUACCAACUGCGAAUUCCACUCUCCCUCCCAUCCUCAAUGCCAUGGAGACCUAUUCCCUUAGCCAGGAACUGAACGAAGGGACCGAUCCAAAUGAUGGUGAGUAUAUUAUUAUGCAUGACUGGAUAUCGUUAUUCUCGUUCAAGGGUUAG